UGUCCGGCCCGGAGAGCGGCCAGACGGGGGGGAGGGGCCGGGAUGGAGCCGCGGGUGUUCGAGCUGUUCGGAGCCGGCAGCGGGGGGACCCGGGGGAAACCCAGGGCCAAGAAACCGGGGAAACCGGGGAAAGGGAGAGCCCGGGGCGGCAAGAGCAACAACCCGCCCUACCUACCGCCCGAGGCAGAGGAAGGCAAUAUAGAAUAUAAGCUGAAACUUGUCAACCCCUCCCAGUAUCGGUUUGAGCAUCUGGUGACACAGAUGAAGUGGCGUCUCCAGGAGGGCCGUGGGGAGGCUGUGUACCAGAUUGGGGUGGAAGACAAUGGUCUCUUGGUGGGAUUAUCCGAGGAGGAAAUGAAAGCCUCUAUGCAAACCCUGCGUCGCAUGGCAGACAAGGUUGGGGCAGAUAUCACGGUUCUCCGAGAGAGGGAGGUGGAAUAUGACAGUGACAGCCCCAGGCACAUAACAGAGGUUCUAAUACGUAAAGUGCCGGACAACCAGCAGUUCUUGGAUCUGCGGGUUGCUGUGCUUGGUAACGUAGACUCUGGGAAAUCCACACUGCUGGGUGUAUUGACACAGGGUGAAUUAGACAAUGGCCGUGGCCGGGCAAGGUUGAAUCUCUUCCGCCACCUUCACGAAAUCCAAUCUGGGCGGACAUCCAGCAUUAGCUUCGAAAUUUUGGGCUUUAACAGUAAAGGAGAGGUGGUGAAUUACAGUGAAUCUCGCACGGCAGAGCAGAUCUGUGAAACUGCCUCCAAGAUGAUCACAUUCAUAGACUUAGCUGGUCACCACAAGUACUUGAAAACCACCAUCUUUGGUCUCACCAGUUACUGUCCUGACUUUGCCAUGCUGGUGGUGAGCGCCAACACUGGUAUUGCAGGCACCACAAGGGAGCACCUGGGUCUGGCCAUGGCGCUGAAAGUUCCUUUCUUCCUGGUGGUCAGUAAAGUGGAUUUGUGCUCAUUAUCCACUGUAGAACGAACACUUAGACAGCUGGAGCGGACACUCAAGCAGCCUGGUUGUAACAAGGUGCCAUUCAUGGUGCGCUCAGAGGAUGAUGCCGUAACUGCAGCCCAGCAGUUUGCACAAUCACCAAACAUCACACCGAUCUUCGCCCUGUCCAGUGUUUCUGGGGAAUCUUUGGAACUCCUCAAAGUCUUCCUGAAUAUUUUGCCCCCCCUCACUAAUAGCCACGAACAGGAAGAACUGAUGCAGCAGCUACCGGAGUUCCAGGUUGAUGAAAUCUAUUCUGUGCCUGAAGUAGGAACCGUUGUGGGAGGAACACUGUACAGUGGUGUCUGUAAAGAAGGGGAACGCCUGGUGGUCGGCCCCACAGAUGGAGGGGGGUUCCUGCCCCUGAAAGUGUGUAGUAUACAGAGGAAUCGUUCUGCAUGUCGUGUGCUGCGUGCUGGGCAGGCUGCGACACUUGCACUGGGAGCGUUUGACCGUUCGCUCCUACGGAAGGGCAUGGUGAUGGUUAGUCCGGAGAUGCUGCCCACUGUGUGCUGGGUGUUUGAGGCUGAGAUUGUGCUGCUGUUUCAUGCCACUUCAUGUCGCCGUGGAGUGCAGGUCACAGUGCACGUGGGAAAUGUCAGACAAACGGCUGUCCUGGAGCAUAUACAUGGCAAGGAUGAACUUCGAACUGGGGAGAAGGCUGUUGUACGUUUCCGAUUUAUUAAACACCCGGAAUACUUAAAAAUUGGGACCAAACUCCUAUUCAGAGAGGGCGUAACUAAGGGUAUUGGACAUGUGUGCAGUCUGCAGGUUAUUGCCACGGAGACCGGUGGCCUCUGACACCUCCAGCAAGAAUGGAAGGGGUUCAUGUCCUUUCCAUGCUACACAGAAUCACCAGCCACGGAACACACCAUAUGAUGAGGGAGCCAUGCUGGUUGUUCCAGAUAGGGAACAUGUCUCCAUCAGUCUCCCUGUCAGGUUUUAGCCUUUGCUCUACAGUAAUCUGAAUGGUCAGCCAAACCAUUUUACAAGCGCUUUUUGGCUUGGUUUUUGUUCUCAUUUAUAAAUCCCUUGGC